AUGGGUAACGUGGCAGGUGGCCUGGAGCCGGAGGGCGCAGAGGCCCGGGCCUCGGUGGGCGGGGCUAAUCCCACACCCGGCACACCCAAGAGGAAAACGGCUCCCCCUAAGCUCCCCAUGCCCCCCGAAGAGGAACUAGAGGAGCGCUUCAAUGUGGUUUUGAGCUCCAUGAACCUGCCUCCAGAUAAGAUGAUGCUUCUGAGCCAGUACGACAACGAAAAGAAAUGGGAACUGGUCUGUGAUCAGGAACGUUUCCAGGUGAAGAACCCUCCAUCAGCAUAUCUGAAUAAGAUCAGGAGCUUCUACCAAGACCAAGGAGUGACGCGCAGGUUUAAGAAGCGGAUUCAGGAGUCCACCCAGGUCCUGAGAGAACUGGAGAUUUCCUUGAGGACCAACCACAUCGGAUGGGCUCAGGAGUUUCUGAAUGAAGAGAAUCAGGGUUUGGACGUGCUAGUGGAGUAUCUUUCCUAUGCUCAGAGUGAUGCACCGUUUGAGUUCAGCGAGUCAGUGGAGAAUGGUGGCUCAGUUACAGAUCACAGGAAGCUGUCAGAGAGGUCAGUGGAGGAUCUGACCAAAAACAGCAAUCAUUCACCGACCCACGGCAUGACCAGGGCCGCCCGAGCUUUCACUGUCCGGCUGACCAAUCUGGCCCACCACAGAAAGUCUCUGAAAAAUGCCCGCCUUGCCAGCCAAAGAGAUGAUGUCCAUGUCUGCAUUAUGUGCCUGCGAGCCAUCAUGAAUUAUCAGUCUGGCUUUAACCUGGUGAUGAGCCAUCCGCGCUGUGUCAAUGAAAUUACGCUUAGCCUCAACAACAGAAACCCCAGGACAAAAGCUUUAGUGUUGGAGCUGUUAGCUGCUGUAUGUCUUGUCAGAGGUGGACAUGACAUCAUUAUUUCAGCCUUUGACAACUUUAAAGAAGUGAGUGGAGAGAAGAACAGGUUUGAGAAGCUGAUGGAUUAUUUCAGCAGUGACGACAGCAACAUUGACUUUAUGGUGGCCUGUAUGCAGUUCAUCAACAUUGUAGUUCACUCAGUGGAGAACAUGAACUUCCGUGUGCACCUCCAGUAUGAGUUCACUCACCUGGGCCUAGACCAGUAUCUGGAGACCCUGAAGCUGACAGAGAGCGAGAAGCUGCAGGUUCAGAUCCAGGCCUAUCUGGAUAACGUGAUAGAUGUGGGUGCCCUGCUGGAGGAUGCGGAGAAUAAAGGAGGAAUUAUGGAUCAUGUGGAGGACUUACAGGAGCUCAAUACACAGUUGAAUUCAAAGCUACAGGAGUAUGAGAGCAGAGCAACAGACAAACUGGCUGAACUGGAGCAGCAGCUCAUGCAAGCCACCAAAGAGUCGGCUCUACUGAAGGAGAGUUUGCGGGAGUCGUGUGCUCAGGUGAGCUCUCUGCAGCAGAGGGAGCGUGAGCGAGAGAUUGAGAGAGAGAUAGAAAAGGAGCGAGAGAGGAUAUCUCAGCCUUCUCAAGUGGAGAGAGAGACAGAGGCAGGUAAAGAGAAGGACUCAAGGCUGGAGGUGAAACUGAGAGAGCUGCAGGACAAAGGUUUGGUCAGACUGGAGCGAACUGCCUCGGGGUGUUUGGACAUCGAGGUCAUCCCUGUUACCAUAGUGCAGACUGUACCUGGACCCGCCACAACAGAUGUCACUCAUACAGACUCAGGACUUGCCAAAGAAGCCGCUCCAUUUUCAGCUGCUCCUCCACCUCCUCCUCCUCCUCCUCCUCCUCCUUUACCUGGAUCUCCAGAGCCAUGUGGAGGCUCAGUCCCACCGCCUCCACCGCCUCCACCUCCCCCGGGAUCUGGAGCUCCUCCUCCUCCCCCUCCUCCUCUGCCCCCAGGUGGGGGUCCGCCACCUCCCCCGCCUCCUCCUGGCUGUGGACCGCCACCUCCUCCUGGAGCUCCACCUGCUCCAGGGGGUGAAUCAGGUGUUAAGAGCCGUAAGCCCAUCCAGACUAAGUGCCGGAUGCCGCAGCUGAACUGGCAAGCUCUGAAACCAAACCAAGUGGAAGGAACAGUGUUCAAUGAGCUGAAUGACGAGCAUCUGUUUGAGGAGCUGAAUAUGGACCUGUUUGCAGAGCGGUUUAAGACUAAAGCUCAGGGUCCUCCAGCAGACCUCUCCAAGAUGAAAGUCAAAGCUAAGAAAGCUCCCACUAAAGUCUCCCUCCUAGAGGCCAACAAGGCCAAGAACUUGGCCAUCACUCUUCGCAAGGCCAACAUGAGCCCUGGUGACAUCUGCACCGCCAUUGAAAUGUAUGAUCAGCAAGCUCUGAGCCUGGACUUCCUGGAACUGCUGGAGCGUUUCAUCCCAUCUGAUUAUGAGCUGAAGCUGCUGCAGAACUAUGAGAAGGAGGGUCGCCCACUAGAGGAGCUGUCUGAGGAGGAUCGCUUCAUCAUGCGCUUUGGCAAAAUCAAGCGCCUGGCUCAGCGAAUCAGCACCCUGACCUUCAUGGGAAACUUCUCUGACACGGUCAAACGCCUGCAGCCGCAACUAAACUCCAUCAUUGCAGCAUCCAUGUCUCUCAAGUCUUCCACCAAGCUGAAGAAGAUGUUAGAGAUCAUCCUGGCCUUUGGGAACUACAUGAACAGCAGCAGUAAGAGAGGAGCAGUUUAUGGCUUCCGUCUGCAGAGCCUUGAUCUGCUGUUGGACACCAAGUCCACUGAUCGCUCUCAGACACUGCUGCACUUCAUUGCACACAUGGUGCAGGAGAAAUACCCUGACCUGACCAACUUCCACUCUGAGCUGCACUUCGUGGACAAGGCUGCACUGGUGUCUCUGGACGGCGUGUUGCAGGACGUGCGUGCUUUGGAGCGAGGGAUGGAGGGAACCAAGAAAGAGUUUCUGGUGCAGGAUGACAUCCCAGCACUGAAAGAGUUUGUCAAGGUCAACAGUGACCCACUGGACUCGCUCGUUAAAGAUGGAAAGACAGCACAGGAGAUGUAUGUGUCAGUGGUGGAGUAUUUUGGAGAGAACCCAAAGACCACCCAGCCCUCCCAGUUCUUCCCUAUCUUUGUCAGAUUCAUCAAAGCAUACAAGCAAGCAGAGCAGGAGAUCGAGCAGAAGAAGAAGCAGGAGAGUGCUGCUGAAGAGCAGUCAACCCCCUCACCCAAAAAGAAAGACGGCACGCCACAAAAGGGUCCCAUGAUGCCCAAGAUGCCUCAGAUGGACCUAAUAGCUGAGCUGAAGAAGAGGCAGGUGAAGGCACCAGUCACGGAUGGUGCCAUCGAGGGAAUCAUCACAGACUUGCGAAAUUCACCAUACCGGAGAGCAGAUGGCCGAAGAGCAGCCCAGCGACAAGACAACUAACGCAGUGUUUGUUAUUCAAUCUCACACAUUCACAUGCCAAUAUAUACCUGCCUACACAACAGUGUUAUAGUCCUCAGUCUUAUUAUGCUUAUGCAAUGAUAAGACAUUUUUAGACCGUCUCAUGUGGUGCCACUAGCAAAAUAUAAAGAGCAAUGUAUGAUACAGAGCAGACAAACACACACUAACAAUACACACACACCAUACACUCACUCACACUCACACACACAUACUUUUUUAUGUACUGUCAGUCAUUUAAACCAUUUAAUAUUGCUGUAUAUAAGCCCAAAAGACAUCAUUUACACUGUAUGCUAACCUUAUAUUUACCACUUAAUACUUUAGGACCUAUAAACUACUGUGCCUUUUUACAGCUUUGCUCACAUUGACCAAAAAAUCAGCCAAAGUAUUUUCAAAAAGACAGCUGUCAUUUUUACAACAUUAAAACACAAGAGUGAUGUUCAGUGUCAGUGUUAUAUGGUGAAUUUCCGAACAAAGAAGCAGCACUUAGAUUUUAGCAGCUGCUGAAAUAUUUGUAAAGAGAUGUUUUUGAAAGAGAUGUGAAAGAUGUGUGAGGUCAUUUUUACAAAGAGGCCAAAGAGAUAAUCACAUGUGACACAAGUGACACUUCUAUUUAAAUAGCUGUAUAUUUAAGGCCUAAAAUCUGAUUCAGAACCAUUUGUCUCCUACAUGCUGUAUGCUAACCUUAUACAUCUAACAUUUAUUACUUUUGGAUUUAUGGUAUCUACUUUUGGCUCAACUCUGCCUUUUUUAAACUUUGUAUUAAUACUGCCAAACGUCAUAACGGCAAAGUGUUUGUAAAAAGUGUUUUUAAUUGAAAAAUGUCUUUGAGAUGAUUUCUACAACAUUAAACAUAAAGAGCUAAUAAAAAUCAGUCUCAGUGUUA